UUGCCCCACCCCACAGGGUCUUUUGGGGAUAGGCCUGGGGAGGAGUCUGCCUGCAACCAAGGUGGAAAGAACUUAGCCCCUUCCCCCACUUUUUUGUCUCCCCUUUCAGGGCCAGCAUAUGGGUGAGGGGGUACCCCCUGGGGCUUGAGGUGCCCCGCACAGGAUGCCCGGAGUCCCCCACUCCCUGCCCCUGCUGCUGCUGCUGCUGCUGUCACUCCCCUGUGCUCAGGCCGCCUUUCCCCAGGACCCCAUCCCUCUGUUGACCUCUGACCUACAAGGUACUUCUCCCUUAUCUUGGUUCCGGGGCCUGGAGGAUGACGCUGUGGCUGCAGAACUCGGGCUGGACUUUCAGCGAUUCCUGACCUUGAACCGGACCUUGCUUGUGGCCGCCCGGGAUCACGUUUUCUCUUUCGAUCUUCAAACCCAAGAAGAAGGGGAGGGGCUGGUGCCCAACAAGUUUCUGACAUGGAGGAGCCAAGAUGUGGAGAAUUGUGCUGUGCGGGGAAAGCUUACGGACGAAUGCUACAACUACAUCCGUGUUCUUGUUCCCUGGGACUCGCAGACACUCCUCGCCUGUGGAACAAACUCCUUCAGCCCCAUGUGCCGCACCUAUGGGAUAACUUCACUGCAACAGGAGGGCGAGGAGCUGAGUGGGCAAGCUCGGUGCCCCUUUGAUGCCACCCAGUCCAACGUGGCCAUCUUUGCAGAGGGCAGUUUGUACUCAGCCACGGCAGCAGAUUUCCAGGCCAGCGAUGCUGUAGUUUACAGGAGCCUUGGACCUCAGCCCCCGCUCCGCUCUGCAAAGUAUGAUUCCAAGUGGCUUCGAGAGCCACACUUUGUCUAUGCUUUGGAGCACGGAGAACACGUGUACUUCUUCUUCCGAGAGGUUUCUGUGGAGGAUGCCCGCCUGGGGAGGGUCCAGUUUUCCCGGGUAGCCCGAGUGUGUAAACGUGACAUGGGUGGCUCACCUCGGGCCUUGGAUCGCCACUGGACGUCCUUCCUCAAGCUGAGGCUCAACUGCUCUGUCCCUGGGGACUCCACCUUCUACUUUGACGUCCUGCAGGCCUUGACUGGGCCUGUGAACCUGCACGGCCGCUCUGCUCUCUUUGGAGUCUUCAGUACUCAGACCAACAGCAUUCCUGGGUCUGCAGUCUGCGCCUUCCACCUGGAUGAUAUUGAACAUGGGUUUGAGGGCAAGUUCAAGGAGCAGAGGAGCCUGGAUGGGGCCUGGACCCCUGUGUCUGAGGACAGGGUCCCCUCACCCAGGCCAGGGUCCUGUGCAGGUAUAGGAGGAGCUGCCUUAUUCCCCUCCUCUCAAGACCUUCCUGACGAUGUCCUGCUCUUCAUCAAGGCACACCCUCUGCUGGACCCUGCUGUGCCCCCCGCCACCCACCAGCCGCUCCUCACUCUGACCAGCAGGGCUCUGCUGACGCAGGUAGCCGUGGACGGCAUGGCCGGCCCCCACAGAAACACUACGGUCCUGUUUCUUGGCUCCAAUGAUGGGACAGUACUGAAGGUGCUACCUCCAGGGGGACAGUCUCUGGGACCUGAGCCUGUCAUAUUGGAAGAGAUCGAGGCCUACAACCCUGCCCGGUGCGGUGGGAAGCGCUCAGCCCAGGCUGCCCGGCGGAUCAUAGGGCUGGAGCUGGACACUGAGGGUCACAGGCUUUUUGUGGCCUUUCCCGGAUGUGUCGUCCACCUCCCUCUCAGCCGCUGCGCCCGGCACGGAGCGUGCCAGAGGAGCUGUCUGGCUUCCCAGGACCCGUACUGUGGAUGGCAUCGAUUGAGAGGCUGUGUGAAUAUCAGGGGCCCUGGUGGUGCUGACGUGGAUCUGACUGUGAACAUGGAGCAUGGAGAUUGUCAAGAUGGAGCGACAGGGAGUCAGUCCGGCCCUGGAGAUUCUGCUUAUGUGCUUCUGGGUCCUGGCCCUUCCCCUGAGACCCCCAGUUCCCCCAGUGAUGCCCACCCAGGGCCCCAGUCUUCUACUCUUGGAGCUCACACGCAGGGCGUGCGGAGGGACCUUCCCCCAGCCUCAGCCUCCCGCUCCAUCCCCAUCCCACUCCUCCUGGCCUGUGUGGCGGCGGCCUUCGCCCUGGGCGCCUCGGUCUCUGGCCUCUUGGUGUCCUGUGCCUGUCGCCGCGCGAGUCGCCGUCGGAGCAAGGACAUCGAGACCCCGGGGCUGCCGCGCCCUCUCUCCCUUCGCAGUCUGGCCCGGCUGCACGGUGGCGGUCCUGAGCCCCCGCCUCCGCCCAAGGAUGGAGAAGGAGCGCAGACGCCCCAGCUCUACACCACCUUCCUGCCGCCACCCGAGGGCGGGCCCCCACCGGAGCUGGCCUGCCUGCCCACCCCGGAGUCCACGCCCGAGCUGCCGGUGAAGCACCUCCGUGCCUCCGGGGGUCCCUGGCAGUGGAACCAGAACGGGAACAACGCCUCGGAGGGCCCAGGCCGCCCACGGGGCUGCACUGCGGCGGGCGGGCCCGCGCCGCGCGUGCUGGUGAGGCCGCCGCCGCCUGGCUGCCCCGGGCAGGCGGUGGAGGUGACCACGCUGGAGGAACUGCUGCGCUACCUGCACGGCCCGCAGCCGUCCAGGAAGGGCACCGAACCCGUCGCCACCGCCCCGUUCCCCUCGCGGCCGCCCGCCCCGGAGCCCGGACCGGCCCUGUUCGCGGACUCCAGCCCGCUGUCCCGGGAUUGCGCGCCCCCGCUGAGGCUCGACGUGCCGCCCGAGGGCAAGCGCGCGGCUCCCAGCGGACGGCCCGCUCUGUCCGCCCCGGCUCCGCGCCUGGGCGUCGGCGGCAGCCGCAGACUGCCCUUCCCCACGCACCGUGCGCCCCCGGCCCUGCUCACGCGUGUCCCCUCGGGAGGUCCGGGUAGAUACUCCGGGGGGCCCGGGAGGCAUCUCCUGUACCUCGGCCGGCCCGACGGUUACCGCGGCCGUUCCCUCAAGAGGGUGGACGUGAAGUCUCCGCUGUCCCCCAAGCCUCCCCUCGCCGCCUCGCCGCAGCCCGCGACGCACGGAGCCCAUUUCAACUUCUGACAGCAGCUGCUAGCGCCUCGAUGUCGAGGCGCUGGAGGCCGCCGGCCUUCCCGGACUCGGAGUCUCCCGGGGACCCCCCCCCUCCUUUCUCGCCUCGGUUUAUUUAUUGACUGUAUUCCCCACCCCCUGCCCUAGAGAGGCGAGGAGCGCCAGCAUUUCGGGGGACCUUGCGGCCUCCCACUCCCCGCUCCCUUCCAGCCACGCU